UCGAUAAAGACCCAGAGAAAUGUUUUCGCCAAUCACAAAGCUGGUUAUGGAAACGUGAAUGUUCGAUCAGUCACCCUAUCUUCCGUAUAUGAAAACAGAGGCUCCUCCUCAUCAUUACUUCCCCAACGGUCAUAUUCCCCGUAACUCCAAAUCAAACCCCCACUCCCAUUUGUUGACCGUUUUGGCCCUUCCACUUUCUAAUCAAUCUGUUUCUCUCUCCGUCGUUGUGCGUUCUUCCUCCCGAACUGCAUCUGAAGCUUCAACCAGACCAAGUCCACCAUCUGCUCCCAUGAGGAAGCUCUAAGAUUUGGGAUCGAGGUAGAGAGAGAGCUCCUCGAUCUUUUCGUUGCAAUGGGGUGCUUUCUUGCCUGCUUCAAGGGCUCCAAGGAUCGAAAGCGCAGCCGAUCGCCCAAGAAAUCGCUUCCGAUCGAUCGGGUACAUGAAAGCCACAGGCCACUUCAACCGAGCCUUUCGCCUAAGCAGAUCACGCCGAAGGCGGAAGUAGUGGCCGCCGCUCUUCCGGCGCUGAGGGAGAAUCUUGAACAGGGGAGCUGCAGUAGCACCAGGAAGAAAGUGACGUUCGAUCUAAACGUCACAACGUAUGAAGAGGCCUUGGUCGACAAUGAUCCGAAUUGUUCGACGGAAGUUGACAAAGAGACUGAAGCUAUCGACGAGGGGAGGAAGGCAAAUGAUGGGCAGGAUAAAUCUUCUCCCGUGUCGGGAGCUUUCCCCUUGAACCGCAGGUAUCAUAAUUGUGAGAGCAGCGACGAUGACGUCGAACAUGACGAGGAGGACUACUGGGAUAGCGAUUUCGACGAGGAAGAAGAUACUGAGGUCGUGAUCGAAGGAAACGAGGAAGAAUCUUAUGAUUCGUUCUUUUCUUUGCCCAUUGAUAAGGAGCCUUCGCAAAGUAUUCAGGAGGCUAAUAGUCCCAACCCCAAGUCUGCAUCUUCCCCUGAUCGGCAGCCGAUCCUUGUCGCCGGAGGCAGCACGCGCGACCGGAGCCAGUUCGUACAUCCGGUGCUGAAUCCUGUGGAAAACCUAUCACAAUGGAAGGUAGUCAAGGCACGCGCGAUGCCGGUGAAGAAUCCGAAAAAUGAGAACGUGGUCGGCACAGAGCAGGAGAACAAUGUGGCCUUCAUCUCAGAGCCAGUGAUCAAAGCUAAGAAGUCUCAAGCGCCAAAUCGUUCUGCCAAACAGGAGAUCUCAAUGGACGCCAGCCUCUCGACCUGGUUGCCGUCAUCUGAGAAUUCAACUGCGGAAGGGCCCCAGGCGAGCAACUCCCAUCGAUCCAACUCGUCCUUUAGCCGAGAGGAACGGCCAAUUCUUGGCGCUUUAACCAUGGAAGACAUUAAGCAAUCAUCCGUCACAUCUUCCCCGGUAAAGAGGUCUCCCAGUAGGAGCCCGGAUGAGAUUCCAAUCUUGGGAACGGUCGGCGGAUACUGGAACUGCAAGAACCAUGGAGAUGAUUCAGCUUCUUCUCGUCCUCCCAGCAACGAAUUCAAAGGGAUUCCGAACACCACAAGCAAGUACAGAGAGGAUAAGACUGUGAACUGGCACUCGACUCCUUUCGAAGUGCGGCUGGAACGAGCUCUCAAAAAUGGUGCUGCUUGAGUACGCCAAGCUCAAACUUCUCCUUGUCGAUGUUAUUUCCGGCCUGAAUGAAAUUGUUGCGUGUUGUGUCUGCUGUUACAACUCUGUCCCUCUUAUGCCUUCUUCUGGUCUCGGUGACUGUCGAUAAACGUCAUACGUCGAACAAGAUGAUUUGUGUUCGAUAUAAACUUCUGUAAUAACAAUAAUAAGUAGAAGAACCAUGUACUAGUUUGUUGUUUGUGGACUUUGAGAACUGUAUUCAAAUAUUCUUUUCACUACACAG